GGUCUGCCCCCUCGCGGAUGGAUUUGGAAUCAGCUGGCCAAUGCAAAUGCAUCUUCACGAGGACUCCGCUUCCCACAAUGCCUUUCGUUGUGGCAAUCCGCGUGUUGUGGUGUCCGACCGCUCACAUCGCUACAUCAUGUCUGUCUUCAUGGAUUUAAACCUGACUUUCUCGCACGAUAAAAGCAACAUGCAGCGACUGAUUGAGACUGCAGCUCAUCUUGGUUUUUCCACAGUAGCCGUCAACUACACUUUUGAACCCACAGCCAAAAAGAAACAGGAGAUUCCCUCCCCCACGCCGAUCAGUGAGAUCAUCGAUCAGCUACCUAUUGUCCAGGGUCGCUCUCGGCCAAUCAGAGUGCUCAACAGACUGACGUUGGUCAUGUCAGACUUGUGUCACUUUAGGCCGAAUGCUGCAGAAUAUCGAGGUUUUGAUUUGAUAGCCGUGCACCCAACGACAGAAAAAGUUUUUCACGCGGCGUGCAUGCAGUUAGACGUGGACAUCAUUACUGUGUCCGUGACGGAGAAACUUCCGUUCCUCCUUAAGAGAGCUCCAGUCAGCGGGGCUGUGGAGAGAGGUGUGGCGUUUGAGGUUUCAUACGCCGCAGCCAUCAGAGACGCCACCAUGAGACGGUACACCAUUGCUAACGCUAUUAGCAUGGCGGAGACGUACAAAGGGAAGAACGUGAUCGUGUCCAGUGCGGCUGAGAAGCCUCUGGAGCUGAGAGGACCCUAUGAUGUCAUCAACUUAAGUUCGUUGUUUGGUCUCUCAGACGGAGAUGCUAGAGCAGCCGUUUCCUCCACUUGUCGAUCAGUCUUACUUCACGCAGAAACCAGGAAGACGGCAAGCGGUGUCAUUUCCACCAGAAGGAUCUCCAAGGAGACCUCCUGCCAGCCAGGAGCUCCACCCUCCUCCUCUUUUGACGUGCCUGCAGCCAAACGAGUCAAAACUCAGCAGAAGGACUGAUGUAGUCAUGUUGGAUAAGCUCCGCCCUCCUCAAUGCAUGAAGCUAGUUAGCAAGUGAAAAAUGACUUCACUGCUAUGCAGCACAGAAUUAAAUUAGUCUCCUUUUUUGUCAACUGUUUUAAUUUCACAAGAACAUAAAGUGGUGUCAACAAAAUGGCUUUGAGUUGAAAAAUUACAAAAAUAAAACUACGUCAUCAAAACAUUCUUUCAAUUUUGCGCUAAACCGACUACCUUCCUGUUUGCCGCUUUCGUCAUCAGCUCCACCAAUCAGUGGCGU